AACGCUGAACAAUCUGAUACUAGUUAACAACCGGUGCCUUGGAGUUAUAUCGUGGAACACAAUAUAAUCACAGGGAAAUUAAUUUUAAAAUUCAGUUGCAGCAAUUUCGCGGUAGGCAACAGUAUCAGUGUUUUCUAUCCCGCGUUAAAACUGUGCGUAACUUUGCUCCUUGACCGGCCGCAGAAUGUUGCAGAAGUGGCUGUUGCUUAUAUUUACAGCGGCUGUGAUUACAACGCCCUUGCUCGCUCUGGACGAUCAGCUCGAGACUGACUGCAACCAACCAAGUGCAACGGACGACAAGACAGCUGCGUCCACGCCGCAAACGGAAUCGCCGUACCGUCUCGACAAUAUAACCCGGGAAGAAUGUCGCAGCUACGCCGCCAUGCGACGCGAUACCGGCAACAUGUGGCGGUCCAUGUCGUGCACUCCUGACAUGCCUGGUAAUUGUGAUGGGAAUUUCGGAGAAAACUUUUUGUUGCUCACCUGUCGCGGCUCCGGACUAGACCGACCGGAAAUGAUCGAAGUCGCUACGAAUAUCAGCCGAAUCAGUCCACGCCGACCCGUGGCCAUUCAUUUCGAACGCGUUGAGACUUUCAGUGGACCCACACCGGACAUUCUCAAAUCCGACGUUAUCGAGCCAUUCCGUAACCAAGUUAUCGAAAUCAAAAUGAGAGGCUGUACGGGCUACACGGAUAGAAUUACCGGUAACGUGUACGAAGUGGGAAUGCUACCGAACCUGUACCGCUUCGGUAUCUUUCACUGUAUGGGUCUAAAACUACAAAAGAAAGAUUUCUCCCGCAUGCCGCAAGUAAAAAUGAUCUACAUCGAACUGUCCAGCAUAGAAGACAUGGAGCCGUACACUUUCACCGAUUUAAAGCACCUGCAACUACUUGUGCUGGAGUCGGGCGCAUACACUGGCAUUGGUCAAGUGGAAACCUACCGGGCCAUCGGCCGUCCCGACAGAGCCCCGCUGCAGGACAGCGAUGUGGAAAGGGUGCGAAAGCUGCACUGUGACUGCAAAUAUGCCUGGUUUCGUAAUUUCCUAAGGAAGAAUCCCUCUCUCAUUGCCAGCAAGCAACCAGGUGAAGUGUACGCCGUCGGAGCUUACAAAUCGCCCUGGAUAUUCAUCCAGGGGGCAUCAUCUCCUGAUGUCCUUAGUGUUGAUUGCGCUCGGCCACUUGUGAAGGACAAUAUCCGCCCCAAGAACGGCUCCCAGUAUUCUUAUAACACUCAGUGCUACAAUCUAAAGUGCUAAAUAAUUCAAACGUUUUCUGUGUUAGGCAGUGGAUGCUCUUUGCAUAGCGCUCUGGGAUACUAGGUUUGUUUGGUGCUACUUUUGCUUAUUGCUUUUUGCUGCUCUCUUAAUCAAAUAACCUCCUAUCCCAUUAACAAUGUUAGCUUAUUAAACAAACAGGUUAGUAAAUACUAAAUAGCUUGC